GAGGAAGAGGCAGAGGUCGUGGAGGCCGUGGUGGUCGUGGAAGCGAAGCGGCAUGCAUGAAAGGUGGAGACUACGAGACGGGCCGAGUGAAGAUCGAUACCCAGGCCAAUUCUUCUUUGUCUCCACGCAAGCGGCAGCUGCAGCAGGAGGUGUGGAAGGCUUUGAGGAGCCAGCUACUGUGGGAAAGGUCACCCUUCACUCUCUGGACUUUUGGGUGAUCGAUAGCGGCGCCACCUAUAGCAUGACACCUCGUGCGGACUUGCUCACCGAACUCGAACCGUCGCCGGUCAAGCAUGUCACAUCGGCUUUGGGGCAGCGAGCAGAGGUGAAAGGCAUGGGCAAGGCCAUGUUCAAGGGUGCUGAUGGGAAGAUGGUGGGCCUCAAGAACGUGCUUUGGGUGCCCAACCUUGCAGCCAACCUGAUUUCUGUGCGGCAUUUGCAAAAGGCCGGCAUGGACACAUCUUCCAAGGGAUCCAAAACUAUACCGCGCGGCUUGCCUGCUGAUAUGAUGACCAAGAGGCUGGUUGAGCAGCAGCAUUGGAAGUGUUGCAAGCUUGCUGGGAUGGCUCUGAACUAAGGGGGGCAGAUUCUAAGGCCAACAAUCCGAGGGGGAGUUUGUUGGUGCAACCCUAUGGCUUG